GCAAAACUUAAAGGUGGGCUUUUGUCACUAUCCAACAACAUGGCUAAAGGUCUUGAUAUCCAAGUGUAUUCCGAUUUUGACGGUACCAUAUCUUUGCAAGAUACCGGAUGUCUGCUCAUUGACGAUCCCAGAUGUUUAGGCUUCAAGAGGAGACGUGAGCUGGAUCACCUUAUUAUGAACAAGGACGUUUCAUUCAGAGACGGUCUAGAAGAGAUGUGGGCCGCUGUCACAUUGACGUGGGAAGAGGCAUGGAAGGACCAUCUCGAGGCUGUCAAAGUGGACCCUGGAUUUUCCUCUUUCUAUGAUUAUUGCAAAUCCGUUGGCGUUCCUGUGAAGAUUGUAAGCAGUGGUAUCUACACUGUUAUUGAGCAGAUUAUGGAAAAUUUCAUCGGCGACAGAGCUAAGGAAAUUGAGAUUAUCUCCAAUGGAGGAGGUGUUGAUGGCCGCAAGUGGAAUAUCCAGUGGCGUGAUGAUACGUCAUUCGGUCACGACAAGUCUCUCACAUUGAAGAAGGCGAGAGAAGCUGCGACUCCAGAGACAAUUUUUGUUUUCUGUGGUGAUGGCGUUUCAGAUAUAUCUGCAGCACAGCACGCUGAUAUCUUGUUCGCUCGCCAUGGACGCGAUCUCGAAACCUGGUGCCAAAGAGAAAAUGUACCUUUCCUUGGAUUUGAUACCUUUUCAGAGGUAGAAGAGAUCGUAGCGAAAUUGGUGGAGGGUAAGGUUACCCUCCAGAGAGAUGAGAAAACUGGAUUUUGCUCUCUGCUUGAUGUAUAGACUGGGCAGCGAAGGUGUUAUGACCUACAAUUCAAUCAGUGCCUUAAGAUGCUUAGAUUGCCAUAUUACAAUAGAUUACCAGAUAUUCUUAGAUAUGAAUAAGUUGGCUGUGAAAGACGCUUCCCUAUAAAACACGCCUGCUUAGGUAUGCCUGGUGCGAAAUCAUGAUAAAUGUUCGAAUGUCG